AUGAUUCGACAACAUCUGAAGCGCACUCCCUCUGUAGUUGGAGAGACCUCCAAAGGAAGCCACCGGAGGGCUCAAACUCACGGCAAGGACUCUGUUGCUCUUCGACCACGCUUAAAGUUCGAUCAGGCUGAGACAAAGCUCCUCUACACGCUUCAAUGGCUCCUUCUAGACGCCGCCUCAGAAUGCGCCGAUAAUGAUCCAAACUUCAAAGUAAACGCGCAGCGCGAGCGAGGUUAUCUCCAUGAUCUCGCAAGUCUUCAACUUUUUAUUUACCUCUUCGCACCAGUAUUAGAACGUCUUAAAUGCGAGGAUUUCGAGACACUGAAACUGGAAUCAGGACUUCGGUUAUGGGCUCCACUAAUGCUGUUUAGACAGCCUUAUGAAGGUUCCUUUCCAGUGCCUGUAAAGACCCCUUCUAGCCAAUACGAUGAGGAAUUGAAUGUAAACCCACUGAAAAGCUAUGUGGAUCAGUUUGGACCACUACCGGAAAUUUUUCAACGUCUUGGUGAAGGGUUUUCUGAGGAGGGAGAAUUUGGAGGACUUGAAGCUGGCAGUAGGAAGCCUGUGCCUCAUUCCGCAGCUCCUUUCUACCCAACUUCUCCAGAUCUCAAAAUUCCAAAUGCUGAGUCAUCGGAUGAGGACUCCGCUUGGUACGAUCGUCAUUCCAUUCCCGUGGGAUCAAGCGCUGCAAAACAAAUCGGCAAUCGUCCAGUUGUCCCAAUGGCCUCACUCAAUGACAUCUGUCCAGUUAGUUUGAAGGAUACAGACUCGGAGGAGACAGAGUCGUGUUGCUCGAAUGGCAUCGAGGAUAGAAGUCAUCAUGAGCAGACACUAGAGGAACAAAUAGAAACCUUAACCCAAACAGUUGUGAAGGAGUUAAUGGCUACAGACACAGUCCUAGCUAGUCACUGUGAUCUGGCAGUAAUGCGCUGUCUCUUCUCGCCGGAAUGGUCAGAAGCUGGGGCUGUUUGGGCUCUUCGGUAUUUGGAAAGACGUGUAGUACUACUACGGCAUGAACGCCAGCGGGAAAAAGCUGAGGCGAAUGUACAGUCAAGAUUUCAGCAUCUUCGCGCAACUCUUCCUGAAACCUUCUUCACUGAGGCAGGUGGGGUAACGGGACAAGCUGUCGAGUUUGGAGUUCUUAGAAGUCUCUCAAUGCCUAAUUUGGCACCCUCUCAGAGACAGAGUUCACCGUUUGUGAAUUGUCCAUCGACUGCUACACUUACCACUCCAGGAAGUAAUGCGGCUGGACCUCGGGGUUCUCAAGAACAGGAAUCAGAAGAACAAGAUCUUUUGAGUGCAGCUGGUCGUCGAAAAAUUUUCACCGUUGGUGGUGGUGCCUGUGUUGAUGAAAAGCAAUCGAAUAGUUUCUCGCAAAAAUCUUCGAGUUCCGAUCAGCAAUCAAAUAUUACAACUGGGAAUGAGGGUCAGGUAGUGUCGACUUCUGUGAUUCCACCAGGUCAUUCUUCAGAGGCCGCUUCGGUGCCUUUAGAGCUUCACCGACAAUUUUCACAUACUGCUGACACACUAACUGAUACUGCCGCUGUCUCUUCAACAAUACCUUCUGGAACUCUUUACAAACGGAAACAGAAUGUAAAGUCCUCUUUGGAUUCGGGAAGUGGCAGAACUGGGAAGAAAAUUGGGGUGUUUGAGAUAAAGGCGAGUAAAAAUAUUAAGGCUCUUAUUCUGUGCAUGCAAAUAAAUAACGUUGUUUCGAUAAAAAUUGAAUAA